AUGAACAACGAUUCUGUCAGAUAUUAUAAUAACGUUCAAUCAUCUUACCCGGAGGACUUCUUUGAUGACACCCAUCCUCCAAUUCAAACGCCCAUUAAUUUGCUCGCCCCAAUUCAUACUGAAGAUUUUCAUCCCCCUGUUACCCCCGAUAAUGUCGGUAUAACGAUGAAUACUAUGGACUACAGAAAUACAGGCGAUCAUACCUCAUAUCAAGGUGAUUGUUCAGUUUCUGGUCCGGAUAACGUUGACACGAUGGAUGGGCAGUUGAAUACACCCUGCCCACCGGCCUGUUAUGAUCAAGUCGAAACACACACAAACAGUUCCUGUCCGUUCCCAAUAUCUUUUCAGACAUUCCGUGGCUCCUCCGUCCCCUAUCCUGGUACGACGAAUUUUCAACAUCACGGCAUGAUUAAUAAUACAUCCAUUUCGUAUGUUCUUACACAAAUGCCUCCGCAAACGCCUCCGCAAACGUCAUUUUCAUCGAACAAUUCUAACGUAAUGAACGAGCCCACACACCCCGGAUAUGCUGUUACGAAAGUGGAAUAUACUCAAUUAGGCAGGAUAUCAACUGCUGACAUUGACAAAAUACUGGCUAUAAUUCGAGAGUGA